AUCUCUGUAACUGUUUACCACUUAGUCGCUUCAAGUCACUUGGCCACUUCAGAUAUAGCCUGUUCCUGUUAUUGGGACUUAGCACAAAGUGAGAGCUUAAAGCAGAAUAACAUCAGUUAUGGUGUUUAUCAAAGUCUGUAUCAUCCUUCAGUUUGGUUUCACAUUGGCUCAAUAUGAAGAUAAUCUCCAGUCCUGCGUUUCAGACCCUGCGCUGUUGGAAGGAACCUGCUCAGCGCAGUACACAGACCCAGCUGCUCAGUUGACGCAGAAUCUGUUUAGCACACUGGCCCAGGCUGACUGUGACCUAGCCAACCCCUGCGACUACCCUCCUCAAUACAACCCUACGCCUGGGGAGGAGUUUGACUUCAUCAUCGUAGGUGCAGGCUCCGCAGGGUCUGUGCUGGCUAACCGCCUCUCGGAAAUAGCUGCUUGGAAGGUUUUGGUAUUGGAGGCAGGUGGAGAUCCUACCAAGACUUCAGAAGUACCUAGCAUGGCUCUGUUACUACAACAAACCGAUAUAGACUGGCAAUUCAAAACUGACCCCGAAGAACCAACCUGCCUCGGAAUGGAAGGAAAUAUAUGUAACUGGCCUCGUGGGAAGGUCCUGGGGGGUUCAAGUACGAUAAACGCUAUGUUGUACACCAGAGGAAGUCCAAGUGUUUACGAUCUCUGGGAAGCUGAAAGCAAUCCUGGAUGGGGCUAUAGAGAUGUACUUCCUUACUUCAAGAAGUCAGAAGACAUGAGAGCCGACGACGUACAAAACACAACUGAGUUUUUCCAGUAUCAUGGUACAGGUGGCCCAUUAAAAGUUGAAAACUUCAACCGGGCUUUUGUUCGUCCUUUAGCUUCACUUUUGGCUGACGGUUGGGCAGAAAUGGGAUACCCGUUCAAUCCCGACUGCAACGGAAGAUUCCAAGCUGGGUUCGCUACUAUUCAAGGAACACUGGAGGACGGUAGACGAUGUAACACGGCUAAGGCUUUCUUAUCUCAAAUCAAAAGCAGGCGAAAUUUGAAAGUAUCAAAGUUUUCUUUGGUUACUCGAAUACUGAUCAAUAAAUCUACAAAGACCGCCUACGGUGUAGAGUUUAUAAACAGAAAGGGGGAAACUGUACGAGUUAUUGCUCGGAAAGAAGUUAUUCUGUCCGCUGGAAGCAUUAAGACUCCUCAGUUGUUGAUGUUGUCUGGGGUUGGACCCAGGGAUAAUCUGAGGGAAGUGGGAAUCGAUGUCAUCGCUGAUUUGCCAGUUGGUGAAAAUCUCCAGGACCAUGCGAUUUCCCCAGCUAUAAUGUUGACUCUAGACUACUCCGUGCCUCCAACCAACCAAACAAAGGAUAUGUUCGACUUCCUCAUGAAGCAAGAUAGUAUUCUAUCCAGUAGAGGAGUAAGUAGUUACAACACUUUUGUGGAAACUGAAAACAGAGCAGGAGACAACCCCGAUUUCCAAUUUUACUUUAGUUUCUUUGGAAAAAACUCGUCAACAGCUUUACAAAGACUUUUGACAAACUUCAACUAUAGAAAUUACAUAAAAAACCAAUACCUACAACUUAACUCUGAGUCUGCCAUAAUUGUUCCGUUUUUAGCGUUGUUGAAACCCAAAAGUAGAGGGAGGGUAAAGCUAAUUAGCAGAAAUCCCAUGGAGCAACCGAAAAUAAUUUCCGGCUAUCUCUCAGAUCCACGAGACGUUGAGUCAUUUUCCAGAGCAUACACCAUCAUGCAGAAAUUUUCAGAAACUCGACCAUUGAGGAGCAAGGGGGUAAGGUAUAGUGAAGUUAAGAUAGAUAGUUGCUCAAAGUACACUGCCAACUCAAGGCCUUUCAGGGACUGUCUUCUGAGAUACACUACUGUAUCCAUCAACCACCAAGUAGGAACAUGUAAAAUGGGUCCUCCGAACCGAGCGGACUCGGUAGUCGAUGCACAUUUGAGAGUGAAGGGUAUUAAUAGACUGAGAGUAAUCGAUGCAUCGAUUAUGCCAAUCAUCCCAACAGGAACCACCAACGCUCCGACAAUCAUGAUCGGAGAAAAAGGUUCAGAUCUGAUCAAACAGACUUGGCUCAGUUACGAAACUGGUCAUAUGUAACCUAACACAUAGGAGUAGGCCUAUAUCAUGGAUGUUUGGUAAACACUGUAUAUAUAUAUAGUUAGAAUAUUUUUGUCCAAAUGAAACAUUUUUUACCUAAUCUCUCAACACUUUUAGUGGUGUAGUGUUUUAUGAUUGAAUAUACACUUUAACCAUUGUUUCUUCAUCCUUUUUCAUAAUUAUAGAUGUUUACGUACUUUAAACUCAGGCUCUCUGUGUGUUUUGAGUAAUGAAAACAACAAUGCUAGGUAGAUUAUAAUGUUGUAAAUGGAUGUUUAUCACAUUGAGAUAUUCAUUAUUCAGUUUAAAUCAUGCUUGCCUAUUUGACAAGUUCCCUCUCAUAUUAUAGCUGCAAAAUAACAAAUUCUAUUAAUGUUCUUUUGGCACAUAGACAGAAAGGAUAAGCAAAAAGUCUACUUUGAGGUGCAGCUUACAAUAAAUCCACCCAUCCAACUUCUGGUGAGCUUUACUAAUCUAAGGUGGAUCUCUUCCACCAAUUCUGUCACAGACAGGUGGAAUCCUCAUAAGUGGUACCACAGAGAAGUAAGAUACAGAGGAUACAUUCAAUGGUACACUUAAGUCGUGUCUAGCAACAGUCGCUUGUUUCUAUAGUGCAAAUCCUAUUGGCCGUCCCUUUCCGCUCUCCUUUUCCCUCCUCACCAUUAUGUGCUGCGCUUACGCUGGAGGAAGAACCUGUGCGCUACAACUGCUCUUGUAAACAAUAGCUGUUCGGGCUCUUUCUUGCUUGGUACUAGUAUAUAUCCCGAGCUAAAAGCACACGGUUGUUCCAUAAGCAAGUUUCCUCUGCAGUGGCACCCUAGACUUGACUGACUUCAGUCUACAGUACUGUUCCUGGCCAGGAAAACAAUACCUUUGACCAGUUGAUCUUACCUUAAAGCGAAUCUUCAUAUUUUGUAACAUUUUAAGUGGUAAAUCAGCCCUUUUGUACGGAAUGUUAAUACUCAACAUGAUGCUUGAUGUUUUUUAUUGUUACCUAAUUUUGGAUCAUGGAAAUAAAACAUGAUGAAACAAAAUCAUGAAGCACUAUAAAGCCUCGUCUCCAACAACCGAACAUGUCCGCUGAACACUGUUCGCGAACAUAACAAACGGACAAACAUUCCACAUUCCACUGUUAGUCUGACAGACAUAUUCAGUAGCCCACGGACUGUUCGCUUAUAAGAGAUCCGGACAUUUUGAUUAGGGUGUGAUCUUGUUUAGUGAUGAGUACAUAUACACAGCCUCGUUGUUAUUUAGCUUGCAUAGCAGCUGCUUAUUUGCUCGUGUCCACUCGUCGACCUCCUGGUUGGUGGCAGAGACAACUGUUUAGGAAGAAAUGAGUGCAGUGGCCAUUUUUGUGCAGAACUGACAGCGAGUUGCUUAUCCAGGAAUUUUGCAAGGGUGUGUAAUGAAUGAGGAUUUUGAAUGACUUAAAUUACUGAUUGGUCCAACAAUUUGGAAACAAGUUACUAAUUAUCGCAAUGCUUUAAUUAACUAUUACUGUAAUUAACCAAAACUGAUUUGACAAUCAAUCAAAAACUAAUACAAAACACUAUGACUUAAACAAACUUGAGCAAAUGCCAUACUUGGAUGGCAAUACACUAGAGAAACUAUGAAAAAUGCUACUAGCUGCAGGAGGAGAAACGUGAUUUUGACUAAAAUAUUCAGUCUAGGAGCGAACUUUUACAGCCAACAUCCGGUUCCCACCACAAAGCUCAGAAUGUUCGAAAAGGCAUUUCCAACAAACCAACACCGAACAAAGUUCGGCGGAAAUACAAAAUUUGCAUUGAACACUGCUUGACAAACAUGUUCGGUUGGUGGAGACACUGCUUAAAAUAAAAAAUAUCAAAACAGUGGCUACAACAUCAGGGGACAUAUGCUAAGUAGUGGCUUUAGGUUUUUGUUUAAUAAUUAUAAUACUUAAAUAAAAUUCCAUACUGUGAGGAUCGCCGGAAGCCAGGUUUUAACUUCUAGAAUGUCUGAAUGAUCCUCCCAAAUAUUAUACUACUUUUAGAUUAUUAUCAUAUGACUUCCUAGCAGCGAGACCUCCUAAACAUAGAAAGCUAUACCAGUUAAAAUAGAUUAAUAAGUUAUAUUGAGUUUUGAACAAGAAUUAUGGGGAUUAUUAGGAGGUUUAUAUCCCAAAAUUGUAUUUAUGGCAUUUUUAA